GCCUAAAUCUUAAAUAGUAAUAAAAUAGACUUGUAUUUAAUUUUAUUGCAUAUGUUUCUACAUUGACCAAAAUAAUAAUAAAUAAAUAAAAACACAAUUAAAGAAUGACAAGAAGAUCCCCCUCCCCAUCUGAUUAAUUACAUCAUUAAACAAUUCAAUUUAAAAAAAAAAAAAAAAAAAAAAAAAAGAGGGAAUUUGUAGCUUCAAGUAAUGAUCAAAAUGGGGCAAAGUGCACUUUCUGGAUUACAUAUUUUCUUGAAAACUGCAUUAGCUGCACCAAACAAUUAAUAUUCCAUUAUCUUUGGUGACCUAUUUCUCUCCAAGGCAAGAAAAUUUCCAAAACAAACCAACACGUGGAGCUCAUUCAUUGGUUUCACAUACUUCUAUCAUAAAAUUCCCUCUUGUCCAAAAUCCUCAAAACCAAACCUUCUAAAACAAACAAUGAUUCAAUGAUCAUUUGUACAACAUUGUUUUUUUUUUGGGGGGUGUGGGGAAAGAAAAACAAACCUUAGUCAUUAGCCUCUCACACACACACACACACUAUUUUUGUAGUUUCCACACAUAGUUAUGGUGUUGAAGAAGAUGAUGAAGUCCACUUCUUCAAAAGCUAUGAUCAUAAGAAUCAACCUAGUUUUCUUGGCAUUCUUCUUGCUUCUAUACAUAAUCCUUCUACUCUGCCCUUCCGCCUCCGAUUACCACCAUCGAGCGGCAUCCCUCGUUCGAUGCUCGUUUCUCGAUUGCCAUCAUAAGAUGGAGAAAAAUGGGAUAAUGAAGAACCAAUUAAAGCCUAGGAGGGAGUUGAUCAAGAGAGAGAAACCGAGUUUUUUGAGCGGCAUCGGGAGAGGAAUGAGGAUAGGAACGGUGAACAUGGAAGACGAAGACGUUUCCGAUUGGACGGAGCACGGAAAGAUCUUUCCUAUAUCGUUCGAUAGAGUCUCCGAGUUUUUUGAGUGGAAGGCCCUUUUUCCGGAAUGGAUAGAUGAAGAAGAAGAGUACUCGGGUUCGUCUUGCCCCGAGAUUCCAAUGCCCGAUUGGGACAGGUACAACGGGCAGAUGGACAUGAUUGUGGCCAAAUUGCCAUGCAAGAAACCGGAGCAAGGGUGGAAUAGGGAUGUGUUUAGGCUGCAAGUGCAUCUCGUGGCGGCAAAUGCGGCGGUGGUGAGGGGGAGACGGGAUUGGAGUGGGAGGAUCAAGGUGGUUUUCGUGAGCAAAUGUAUGCCGAUGCCGGAGUUAUUCCGGUGUGAUGAUUUGGUUACGAGAGAAGGGGAAUGGUUGUACUAUAGGCCGGAAAUUGGGAGGCUCCACCAUAAAGUUUCCUUGCCGGUUGGUUCUUGCGAUUUGGCUUUACCUCUAUGGGAUAAAGGAACGAACGAAGUGUACGAUUUAUCCAAAAUCGAAGCCGCGACCGAAAGACCGCAAAAGCGAGAAGCCUACGCGACGGUCCUCCACUCGUCGGAAUCCUACGUCUGCGGCGCAGUAACCCUAGCACAAACACUACUCCGAACCGGGACCCGCCGCGACCUAAUCCUCCUCCUCGACACCUCCAUUUCCGAACCCAAGCGACGCUCCCUCGUCCGGGCCGGGUGGACCCUCCGGUUCAUCGAGCGCAUCCGCAACCCGCGGGCCGAGAAGAACUCCUACAACGAGUACAACUACAGCAAGCUCCGCCUCUGGCAGCUCACCGACUACGACAAGGUGGUGUUCGUCGACUCGGACAUCAUCGUCCUCCGCCGCCUCGACGUCCUCUUCCACUUCCCGGAGAUGACCGCCGCGGGAAACGACGGCUCCAUCUUCAACUCCGGCGUGAUGGUGGUGGAGCCCUCGGGCUGCACGUUCCGCGCGCUCAUGUCCCGGAGGGCGGACAUCGUCUCCUACAACGGCGGCGACCAGGGCUUCCUGAACGAGGUGUUCGUGUGGUGGCACCGCCUGCCGCGGCGGGUCAACUUCCUGAAGAACUUCUGGUCGAACUCGUCGGCGGAGGCGGGGUUCAAGAACCACCUGUUCGGGUCGGACCCGCCGGAGCUGUACUCGGUGCAUUAUCUCGGGCUGAAGCCGUGGCUGUGCUACAGGGACUACGACUGCAACUGGGAUGUACCGGAUCAGCGCGUGUACGCAAGCGAGGAGGCCCACGCGCGGUGGUGGCGCGUGCACGACGCCAUGGAAGAAGGGCUGAGGAAGGUGUGUGGGCUGUCGGAGGAGAGGAAGAUCGAGCUUGAAUGGGAUAGGAAGAUGGCGAGGGAAAUGGGGUCCACCGAUCGCCAUUGCUGGAUCAAUGUUACUGAUCCAAGAAAAUUUAAUUGAUUUUUUUGAUGAUUUUUUUUCUUUCCCUAAAGGCUAUUUCUUCUUCUUC